CUCUGUUUUCCCUCGUUUCUUCUUUGCCAUCUAUCUAUUUACUGUACUGUACAUUUGGCAUGGAUCACUAGGUCUAUCAUUGGGGAUGACAUACGAAAUCCACACCCAGUGCAUAUAUGUUCUACUCCGUGGCAGCAGCCAUCGUGCCCCGUGGAAGCUCUCGGCAAAGCAGCCAGCAAAGAAUUGUAUUGAUUGAAUGAACCGGGUAGCAGCAAUCCAUAUCCCCGGA